CGUGGCGUCGUCGCCGCGGAGGAGCCCCGAGGCCCGCUUGUCCUCUGCGGACGAUGCGAGUCGGCUCUGCGGGCCGGCGAUGGCACCCGGUGCUGCGCUGACCGCACCGACAUGGACGGCGGCGCCGGUGGCAGCGGUGGCGGCGGCUCGGUGCCGCCGCCCGGUGCGCGGGCACCGGCCGACUACUACCAGCUGCUCAGCGGCAGGAUCGAGGGCGCCGUUGACGCCUUCAUGGACCGCCUCGGCGGCCGGCUCAGCGAACUCGAAGUGGAGCUGCGCUAUGCCUGGCGCGCUGUCGACCUGCUUUCGCAGGAGUACGUCAAGAUGUGGGAAAAGUUGGAGCGGCUCGAAGUGCUGCUCUUCGAGCAGCAGGCGGUCAUUGGCCAGCUCAUGGGCAUCAUACAGAGCGAGCAAGGGAUUGCCGAGCCUCUCGCCGAAGAUGUGGUGCUGCAACUGGAGCGCCGGCUCCGCGAGGAAGUUGGCGCCGAAGCCGGACCGGAGCCCAUGUCACCGCGCGAGGCGGUCUUCCUACGCCGGACCGUGCUCGAGGCUGUGCCUGAGGUGGUGUCCAGUCAGGAGGAGGCAACCUCGGAGGAAGGCUCGUGCUCGUGCGAGAAUGAGGAGUCGGACUCUGCGAGCGUGUUCACCGCAUCGGACUACCGCAAGUACCGGGGUGCCACCGGCGGCAGCUUGGUGAGCGACCGGGACCUUUGCGAGUUGGGCCGGCUUUCGGAGGACCUGGGCCGAGCGUCGGCUCUGGCCCGGGUCGAUGAAGAGGAAGACGUACCCUGCUGUGAACUACUCGAGCCGGAGGAAGAUGUCGAGGUCAAGGAAGACAGGCGUGCCCGGCAGCUGGCGAGGUUGCGAGAAGCGAGCCAGGAAUUGGCGCUGGCCGUCCAGAAGAACCUUGUGUCGGCCUCAGUUCUGGCCCCCGAAAGACCCCCGUCGCCACCCACGGGUACUCGGGAGGUGGGCAUGGCCGUGGGCGCCUUCAUUUCGGACACGUCCAGCGAGGCGUCCACCCAGCUGGUGCCGAGCGUCAUCGAGGCGCAGGUGCACGACGAGUCGCCGCAGCCAGCGACGGUAGAACCGGCAGCAGCGACGAAGCCCGAACCCGAAGUGCGGCCCGAGCGCCGGAAGACGACCGGCAUGUCGUUCCCGAGCCCGCGCAAGCAGCGUGUCAAGGCUCGCGAAAGGAGGCACACGACGGCGGCCGUGCCUCCGUCGACCGUGGCAGCGGCCACCGAGUUGCUGCCGGACGUGUGCCCGAAGCGGACGCUGAGUGAUGUGACCGUGUCUUCGGCGGACCAGCAGACGCCGUCCAGUUCGGCCCACUCGCCGUUCGCGGCCGGGCCCGGAUCUCUGCUGACGAACUUGGGCUCCAAGCUCAGCAUGGGCUACAGCAAAGUGAUGAGUUCGAACUUACUUAAACGGGAUGGUUCCAAGGAGAAAGCGCAGCGGUCCAGGGCGAGACGCCUGUCGCUGCUGCGCUCUCAGAGUGUGCAGAGCGGGAGUGAGCCAGCGCCCAAGGAGCCGCAACCGCCGUUGGUUGUGCAGAUGUCGUUGCCCGAAAUGAGGUCAACUCCGCCGGUUACGCCGAAACCGGAGCAUCCGGAACCGCUGCCCGACUCUCCUUCGCGGGAAACAGGCCCGCUGGUGGGCACUUCUCCUGUACCGGCACCUUUGGAACUGAACCCGGAAGAAGUGUCGUGCAUGUUCCCUACCAUCGGUGAGCUGCGCCGGUCGAGCAGCGGGCAGCCGCCGUUUGAAGAGGAAGCUGCCGUCCAGGAGCAGGAUUCACGCCGUCCCAGUUCCAGCCUCGCCUCGUCUUUCACCUCGGAGUCGGAGGUGUUUGCGGAAGCCGAGGGCCCUUCACCGCAACCGAGACCCCGUCAACAGGCGCCGCGUUUGUCAGACCGGGGCUGGACCGAGGACUCGGUGGACUCCGAAGCGUUCGUGGACGCCGAGUACGGGUCGCCAGCUCCGGCGGAGCACCCCUACCACCGCCGAAAACUGCCGCCUAACGACAUAGGUUGGAGCGGCGAGGAGUCCUUCGGAUCCGUAUCGUCGGUGAGCGGAGGUGAAUCCGAUCUCAGUGUGCUGGAGAACCAGCGCGACGAAGGUGUGAGCUCCGGGAGUCGAGCGCGCAUUCCCUCGCAGCCGAGUGACGAGACAGCGGAAGCGUCCGAAGAUGGCAGGUACCCUAGGGAACAGUAUCGGGACGACAGUUAUCAGGACGGCCGAUACGGAGACGAGCAAUACCAGGACGAUAGGUACCACGACGAGCUAUAUCCGGAAUCCCCGUACCACGAAGAGCGGUACCAAGAACACGCCAAGCAGGACGCAUCGCGGGAGUCUGACCACCGCGUCGACUUACGGCACUCGCCGGUCGGCGACGAAGGGCCGCUUCCAGAGGCUGAGCGCAGUCCUGGACAUGCCAGUGACGGUGUGGAUUCAAGUGAUGUUGUGGACGGUGCAGUGCGCGUUCAUGACGACGUCGUCCCCCGUGGCGGGGCGGGAGACGCUGGCGACGAGGGGCCGCUGGAGGAAGGAGCGGCGAGCGUCGUUGCCGGAGAUUCGGGACGGGAGGGUGCCACAGAAGCAGCAGCAGCGGACAGCGGCGCACAGCGAGGGAAGGUCGAAGGGGAACCGGUGCCCACGACGUCGGAGCGGAGAGCGGGGGCCCUGCUCAGCCGUCUGGGCUCUUCGUCGCAGGACCAGGGCGACGGGGCACCGGGAGCGGCAGGUGGCGUCAAAGGAAAAUGGAUAGCUCUCGUGCAGAGUGGAGGCGCCCUUAGGUCAAGCAAUCGUGAUGGACCCAAGAGCUUAUGGCCUCGCAGUGGAGGGCCGGAGCAUAAUCCAUUCUACAGCAACAUCGACUCGAUGCCUGAUAUCAGGCCUAGAAGAAAGUCCAUUCCUCUUGUCAGCGAGUUGACUAUGGCUGCCACCAAACGGAAUGCCGCAUUGACAUCAGUUGUUCCCCGGACACAUCCCAACGACGAAGAACUGAAGACGCACGUGUACAAGAAGACGCUGCAGGCGCUCAUCUACCCGAUCUCGAGCACGACGCCGCACAACUUCCAAUCGUGGACGGCCACGUCGCCCACCUACUGCUACGAGUGCGAAGGCCUGCUCUGGGGCAUCACCAACCAGGGCCUGCGCUGCACCGAGUGCGGCGUCAAAUGUCACGAAAAGUGCCGAGAUUUACUCAACGCCGACUGUCUGCAAAGGGCAGCGGAAAAAAGCAGCAAACAUGGUGCCGAAGACAAAGCUAACAACAUUAUUAUGGCAAUGAAGGAGAGAAUGAAGAUUAGGGAACGCGAUAAGCCAGAAAUCUUCGAAUUGAUCAGGGCCGUAUUUGGCGUGGAUGUUAAGAGCCACACGGGUCAUCAGAGGGCAGUCAAGCAGAGCGUGCUUGACGGAACCUCCAAGUGGUCAGCUAAAAUAGCCAUCACCGUCAUAUGCGCGCAAGGUCUCAUAGCGAAAGACAAAAGUGGCACAAGCGAUCCCUAUGUGACAGUACAAGUUGGCAAGACCAAGAAAAGGACACGGACCAUGCCAAGAGACCUGAAUCCAGUCUGGAAUGAGAAGUUUUGCUUCGAAUGCCAUAACUCUUCGGACCGCAUUAAAGUGCGGGUUUGGGAUGAAGAUAACGAUUUGAAGUCAAAGUUGCGGCAGAAGUUGACGAGGGAGUCAGACGAUUUUCUUGGCCAAACGAUCAUUGAAGUCAGAACCUUGAGCGGAGAAAUGGAUGUCUGGUACAACCUUGAAAAACGUACUGACAAGUCUGCAGUGUCAGGAGCUAUUCGGCUACACAUCAAUGUUGAGAUCAAGGGUGAGGAAAAGGUUGCGCCAUACCAUGUGCAAUACACCUGUCUCCAUGAGAGCCUGUUUUAUUACCUUUGUGAGCAAAAUGGGGGAAUGGUGAAACUGCCAGAAGCUAAAGGGGAUGAUGCAUGGAAAAUCUACUUUGAAGAAACUGCACAAGAAAUUGUGGACGAGUUUGCAAUGAGAUAUGGGAUAGAAUCCAUAUAUCAGGCAAUGACGCACUUCCACUGCCUGUCAGUCAAGUACAUGUGCCAAGGGGUGCCUGCUGUGAUGAGCACCCUCCUUGCCAACAUCAAUGCUUACUAUGCACACACAGCUGCAUCAUCUGCGGUUUCUGCCAGUGACCGCUUUGCUGCUUCUAAUUUUGGCAAAGAAAAAUUUGUAAAAAUACUAGAUCACUUGCAUAAUUCUCUAAGAAUUGACCUCUCUAUGUACAGAAACAAUUUUCCUGCAUCUUCACCAGAAAAGCUACAAGAUUUGAAGUCUACUGUAGAUCUUCUCACUAGCAUCACUUUCUUCAGAAUGAAAGUCCAGGAGCUCACGAGCCCACCACGGGCCAGCACUGUGGUGAAGGACUGUGCGAUUGCGUGCCUUCGGUCAACGUGCCAAUUCCUGUUUGAGAACUGCUACGAGCUGUUUAACCGCGAGUUCCAAGUGGAGCAGCCUGACAAUAAGGAGGAGGAGCAUGGUCCCAGUGUGCACAACCUUGACUUCUGGCACAAGCUCAUCGCCCUCAUGGUGUCCGUCAUCGAGGAAGAUCGUAACAGCUAUGCCCCCGUGCUCAACCAGUUUCCCCAAGAGCUCAACAUCGGACACCUGAGUGCACAAACGUUAUGGAGUCUGUUCUCGCAGGACUUGAAAUAUGCUCUUGAAGGACACCUUGCCAAGGCCGAGCAUGAACAGCUGAGGCUGUGCAAGAGCUCAGCCUACAUGAACCUUCACUUCAAGGUGAAGUGGUUCUACAACAACUACAUCAAGGACAUUCCUCCCUAUAAAGACACGGUGCCUGAAUAUGCUUCGUUGUUUGAACCUUUUGUGAUGCAAUGGCUCAAUGAGAAUGAUGAUGUUUCUCUAGAAUACCUCCACAGUGCCUUCCUACGUGACAAAAAAGAUGGCUUCCUGCAGAGUUCGGAGCACGCCCUUUUUUCCAAUUCCGUGGUGGACGUUUUUACACAACUCACGCAGUGCUUUGACGUCAUUAGCAAGCUAGAAUGCCCAGACCCUGAGCUUGUGAAGCGCUACAUGAAGCGUUUUGCUAAGACAAUUGUGAAAGUCCUGACAGCGUAUGCAGACAUCGUGAAGAAGGAAUUUCCAAACUAUGUCCUGCAAGAGAAAACUGCUUGCAUUUUGAUGAACAAUAUUCAGCAACUGAGGGUACAACUUGAAAAGCUUUUCGAAUCCAUGGGAGGAGAAAAACUCGAAGCUGAUGCUAGUAACAUACUCAAGGAGCUUCAGCAGUCACUAAAUGGCGUUUUGGAUGACCUUAGCAUAGUUUUUGCCAAAAGCUUGGAGCCAACCAUCAAGCAAAGCAUGGGUGAGCUCAGCUCCCUUCUGGCAGGAGUCAAAGGCAGUGGCCAGGUUUCCAUGAACCAAACGUCCCAGCGCAAUGAGGUAGCAGCCGAGGCAGACCAUGUGCUGCAUCCUCUCAUGGACAUUCUCGAUGGCAAGCUGUCCAUGUUUGCUCAGGUCUGUGAGCGCACCGUGCUCAAGCGUUUGCUCAAGGAACUCUGGAAGAUUGUUAUGCACACGAUGGAGAAGACAGUGGUGCUUCCGCCAAUGGGAGAGAAGAACAUGAUCCUUCCCAACUUGCCCAAUGCCAAAAUUGAAGACGUGUCACGGCUCUUUCGAAACCAUGUUGCUGCCAACAAGCUCCCAACACUGGGUGUCAUGGAAGUGGAGAAGAACCUAACACCGAAGCAGUGUGCUGUGCUGGACGUGGCGCUGGACACCAUCAAACAGUACUUCCAUGCGGGCGGCAACGGCCUCAAGAAGACAUUCUUGGACAAGAGCCCUGAGCUUCAGAGCCUUCGAUAUGCCCUUUCCCUUUACACCCAAACCACUGACACACUCAUCAAGACGUUCGUCUCCACACAGACCAAGCAAGAUCAACCAAGCGCUGAAGAAGGCAGUGUUGGAGAAGUGUCAGUGCAGGUCGAUCUGUUUAUGCACCCUGGAACAGGAGAACACAAGAUCACUGUAAAAGUGGUUGCUGCCAAUGACAUCAAAUGGCCCAACACCAGCAUGUUCCGUCCAUUCGUGGAAGUGAAUAUUAUUGGGCCAAACUUGAGUGAGCGGCGACGAAAACAUGCCACAAAGUCCAAAAACAAUAACUGGUCCCCCAAGUACAAUGAAACCUUCCACUUCAUGAUGGGAAACGAGGAGAGCCCAUCGUCGUAUGAACUGCACAUCUGCGUCAAGGACUACUGCUUUGCCCGGGAGGACCGGCUGGUAGGAGUUGCCGUGAUGCAGUUGCGGGACAUCAUGGAGCAGGGCAGCUGUGCCUGCUGGCUGCCCCUUGGAAGGCGCAUUCACAUGGACGAGACUGGCUGGACCGUGCUGCGGAUACUCUCACAGCGAACCAAUGAUGAAGUCGCCAAAGAAUUUGUGCGUCUCAAGUCAGAAAUGCGCACAGAUGAAAACAUUCCCAGGAGCUAAUUGUGCCGAACCGCACCAGUGCUGCAAUUGCAAGAGAACACUAGGUCAAGCAACUUCUUAUCAAGCUACAGUCACAUUGCCAAGUUAUGCAAGAAAAGAAAGCGUAUCAGCAAGACAUAUUGAAAGAACAACAACGAGGACUAAUUAAUAAAAUCACUGGACCUGCAGUAGACUACUGAUAACUCAAGCUCUUGGUGGAACUCUGGCUGUUGUUGAUGGAUGAUUUUGAUUUCUGGACUAAAUUCAGCGUGUUCACUAGUCUGUUUUAGGUUAGUUUGGCUGGAGUUAUCAGCAUUCUAUUGUGCGUUCUAGGUGUAUUCAACACAGCUAGUGCAGUGCUGCCUAUUUCCUGAGUGGCAAGAGAUUUAGAGUUCAAACUGUGAUAGAGAAGUUUAUUGUACAUAAACUCAACUCUGCUCUGUAGAGUAUUUGAGAACGGAGCUGUUAAUUUCUCCUCCAAAUGCUCUAUGUGGAUCACUUUACCUCAUGUUUGGUUAUGUUUCUGAAAUGGAAGUUUGGACUGAAACAUCCCAUCACACUGGAUAUAGGCAGACCUAUACUAGUUGUAUCUGGUGUAGUUUAAUACACAUGGAGCUACUAGGUCCCAUCGUAUUGCAAAGAUUUUGUUGGUGGAUUCAGCAGCUGAAAAUAAGUUGCAUUGCUGAUGGCAGCAUAAACACAAGAAUGUGGGACAGCAUAAGCUUGAGCUAUGCCUUACAGCAUGGCUUUUGACGUGUCAUUGUAAUCCAUAGCCCUGCUGUCUUGCAGUCACGAAUGAGCUUUUUUUCAGUGAUGUGCACUGCAUACUGUGUUUGUAAUCUGUACAAAUUGGUCUUAUCCUGUUACUGUGCUAGCCUUUGCCAUUGAGACGCAGCCACAGCUGGUUGAUUGUUGUUUUACCCCAGCCCUCACUUACUACAACAUUGCAGAGAGGUUUUGUUCAGCAGUGUGUCAUUUUGUUUACAGGCUCUGGUGGUGACAAAAUUUUAUCCUGGACAUUGCAGGAUGUUAGUCAAGCUGUGGACAACAGAUUCUGCCCGUGGUAGGUUUUAGUGAUGUCUGUGAAUAUGGUUUACAAAGGUCAGUUACAGCCACUGGUGCAUUAAUGAAAGUGUAAAUACUGAGAUGCCUUUUUGGCCAUGCUACCAUUCAUCAGAUAAAGCUGGCACACAUAAAAAUGCUUUGUCAAGAAACCAGGCAACAGUUGGUUUAGUGACAGGGCAUGCUGGAGUCACUGUGUAGCUUUGGAAUGUUGUCGACCUAAGUUAACCAUAUUGAUGAUGCAUUUCAACCAGAACUCAACCUGCAGAUCAUAAUCUUUCAAUUAAUAACAUAGCAUUUAGAUACAUGGUUUUAUAGGGCCUUUUUUCCCCCUCUUUAACAUCUGUCUUUGUUCACAUAAAGUUCACAUCAGUCUCUGAGAGUAUUCUCUGGUUGUAGCUUCAUUUGUGUGUCAUACAGCUAAUGUGCAUUCCAAUGUUCUCAUUGCCGACUGUACUGUGAUGACUUCAUGACUUCAUCAGUGGUCAUUACAUGGCCACACUGCCAUCAAAGUUUGAAAGGAAAUGUAGCACUUGGUACUUUUAUUUCCACACUUGCUGAAACUGUUAGUUUCAAGCUGCGGCAGACUUCACCCAAAACGGCAAAGAACAUUUUACCAGCAGAAGCAGGAAAGAAACUCAGUUCCAAUCUUAUUUUUUAAGGUGUUGGUAUAUCUCUGAAAUCUUUAAAGCUAUUCAGUGACUUUAGUUUGUCUUCCAAUCAUUCAUUUCCAUUUCACUGCUGUGCAGCAGAAUCAAACCAUUGUGGUCUCGCGCCAGAGGUUUGGUGUGUACAAUAAUGCCGCUAUGGUUGUGACGCUCAACUUACGAUAGCAUCAUGACACACACUCCUUUUCUGAAGGCACAUUCUUAGGCUGGCCUUCGAUUUGGAAAACUGUGUUACCCCUUUGCUUUUUCAUUGAGUGUUUCGACUGAAGGAGCAAAUGUUAGGGCGAGUGUUCUGCAAAAAUGUACAGAAGCAUGUGCAUGGCAACAUGGCCAGUGACCAGCAAUGUUGAUGUGGCCUUAAGUGUUUAGUGCAAUAAACGGCCAUGUCUUAGUUUAUUGUCACCUUCCAGUGAGUAGUUUGUCACAUGAAAUUAUUAGCAAGUUUCUCUGCAUUGACUUGCAACUGAGACUAGUGCCAGUCCUGGGAUUGAAAGAGCAUGUUAUUGUUGUGGACUGGCACAAGUCUUAUGGAAAUGACAAACUGUGCAAGGAGGGGCAACUCCACAAAACCAGAAGCUGAGUUGUAGUGGGAGGGGCCUUGUUUUUCUAGUGGACUAAGUUUGCCCUUUCUUUGUUUUUUUUCCAUGCAGUGGACCAUUGCCCUGAGAGAGUAAAUGGUGGCCUAAUUGUGCAGGUGUAUCAGAUCUGAAAAAUUUAUUGCUUUCUACAUUUUCUAUGUGGUCCCAUGUUUAGCAGCUCACGGCACAUAGCAAAAACUUGCUUAGCAGUCAUUGCUACAUCAAGUCUAUUGUGUGUGCAUUUCACACAGGUGAGAAAAGGUCUAUUGCUGGAAUACAGAGAUCAAACCUUGCAGCCUUGGCAGCAAACUUAAAAGGCAGGGGCAUGCCCUGCAACUGUCUGUAGAGCCGAGUCUUGAAGUCCUACUCGCCACUUGCCACAGGCACAGACAUGAGUCAUUACAUGUUACAUUUGGUUGUGAAAGAUUGUUGCUCUCAGUCCACUGUAACCAAGUUUCUCCUCUCCAGCUCGUCCCCCCAAAACAGGUUUACGGCUCUAUUACCUGCUGGCCUUCAAAAGGCACAAAAUACCUUUGCAGCACUUUUGCUUCUGUGUUCAUAACAAUAUGUGGACAGCUGAUCCUGUUUUGAUUUCCUAGUCGUCAUGUGGAGAGCUUGCAGUUGUUGAUUCCUGUCAGUUGCCUUCUUUGCAAACUGCUGGCUUCUGUCAUCAUUCUGCAUAUCUGUUUUCUGUUCAUCAAGUCAUGAACACAUCUAUCAUUUUGCUGCCUGUGUGGUGCAAAAAGAAAGAGUCAGCAGUUUGCCACUGUUAUGGAGACUCCCAUAAAACCUGGUGGGUCUUGCCUUAGGGCCAUGAUGGCACAACAAAAUGGUUGUAACCCAUUAUACCCAGCAUCUGUAAACUGCAAGUGCAAAUGUUCUCCCUGUGUUGGCCUACCUUUCUCCUGUCGUUUGUGUUAACAGUGGGAAAUAAGAAACGCAGUCUCUUUAACGUGUUCGCUUAGACACUUGUGCAUGUUUUUUUUUUCUUGCUCUCUGGUCACGUGUGCUUUCCACUGUCCUUCGCGUGUGCGUGCAUGAAUAUUGCAGAGUGUGAUGCCAAGACAAACACCCACACACACACACACACACACACACACACGUACAGACACAUCUAAGCUUGGUCCUCGGAAUAACUCUUUUUCUAACAACCAGAGAAUGGAAUCUUAGUCCUCUGUGCAUGCUCUUUGUAAAUAUGUCGAAUGGGAAGGAAAAAAAAAAUCUUUUUGUGGAUUUACAAUAAAAGUGAAAAUAACUGUACAGAUCUUUUUUGGAACCCGAAGAAAAAAAAAGGCCACUCGGGAUAAUCUCGUUGUUAAACUCUGUUGAACAGUGUUCAAUAAUACGACAGUGUCGUUGUGCCCUUGGGAAGCAUCUUCCAUCGGGCUGGGUGGAGACUAAUAAAGUUGAUAUAUUGAGUUCAAAAA